CAAACUGUCAUUCAUGAAAAAAAUAAUGCGCGUUGUUUGCAAAUUUUAGCAACCAAACAUCGUUUUCACCGCAUUUUUGCGAAAAAAUUCCGGAAAUUGUUUUAUGCGACGUUAGUUGCUGCCUUAAAUUAAAAGUGAUGUUUGUUCCGCCAGCCCCUGCUGCCCAACAACCAUGAGCAACCUUCCGUCGAUUCAGGAGCGCCUUCAGCUGAAGCGCGUCCCGCUGGACAAAUGGUCCGUAAAGGAGAAGCUAUGCCUCGCGUCGGCCGUGGCCUGCAGCGGCGACCAAAACUGGAUGUCGGUUUCGCGGGCGCUGAAGAUGCUGUGCGGCGCCAACCGGCCGGGAGAUUGGUUCUCGCAAAAAUCCUGCGCCGCCCAGUACGGGAAGCUGCUGGAGAAUGUCGAAACUCCGAAGCGGAAGAAACGCACAAACUCCGAGCGGGACGGGGUCGCCUCGGUGGAAACGCCGGGGGAAAACAUUCUGCGGAAGCUGACGCAAGAGCGCAUUAUUGAGCUGAAGAAGAUUAUCCAGGAAGAGGCCCAGCAGUACACCAAGGUGAAGGAGGACAUCAUCCUGAUCCAGAGUGGGGUCACGGACGAGAAGAAGCUGCGCGAAAUGUGGAAGCAGAUCGAGCUGGAAAAGGCCCAGAAAGAGAAGGAGCAGCUGGUGCACGCCCAAUGGCUGAAGGAGCGGGAGGAGAAAAAGCUGGAACUGGAGCGCCAGUGGAGACCGGCGUACCCGGGAUCGCCAAACUCGACCAAACCUCCGGUUCAGGUGACCACGGUGAAGGUGAAAGAGGAAACCGACGAGGACAGCCAGAGUUCGUCGAAAUCGGGAACGUCUCCGUUGCUGACUUCGCUGCUGAAAAGUCCCACUUCGAACCAGGCUGGAACGCCCGGGAUGCAGGCCGUGGCGGGAAGGUCGCCCUCGAUAACGAACCUGCUGACGGGGAACUCACCUGGGAUGAACAUUCAGGGGAAGAAUCUGUUCCCGACGGCUGGAUCGACAUCGACGCAACUCCAGGAUGAAAUCAAACCGAUUGAAGGAACCUCGUCGUACCAGAUUGCUCCGAAUCUGACCAAACUGUUGGACACGAAGCAGCAAGUUGUGGACGACAAGCCGACGGUUUCCGGCGACGGUGCUGCUCAGGUGGACAAAGCCGAAGACAUGGAAAUUGAUGCCGACAACGUGGACCCGGCGAAAGACCUGAUGGCUGUCUUUCAGGAAUUAAUGCCCGAGGAGCUGGUGGAAAUUCUGAACGAAAACAACGGCAUGAUCUUGGAGGAUGAAAUCCUCGACAACGUGGUCGAUUCCAUAAUGGAGGAAGAGGCCGAAUCGCUCAAGGGAAAAGAUCUGAGCGCACUGCAGCAAUCGAGCGUGACUUCCCCGGAGGACGCAGAACCAAAUGCCGACGAAACCGUUCCAAAAAACGAGGAACGUACUCCUGAGGUCGCAAAGGGUGCCUAUUUGAAGCCGGCUGCAGCAGCACCUUCUCCGCCGCAGCCAAUUGGAGAGCCGACCGAUGUCAAGCAGGAGAAAUGUGAGGAGGGAACGGCAGCUGCAGAAGAGAUGGCGGAAAAAGCGAGUGACACUCAGGAAGGGCAACUCAAACAACCGCUUGAAGGGCAAGUGAUCAAAGAGGAAGUGCCGGAGAGCAAGCCAAGUGACACGAUUCCAGUGGAGGACAGCACCACAAAUUCACCAAUCACAAACCCUUCCAGUGUGGACAACAAGGAAGAAAACGAAGAACAAAACGACCCAGGGGUCAUCGUCGUGUCCGAUUCCGCCAAGGAAGAGGACAGUCCCAGUGAGGUGAAAACCGACAUGGAAGAAGAUUCUGACGAUAGGCCACUUGCGUCGCUCGAAACCAAACCGGAACCAAUGGACGAAGUCAAAGAGGAAGAUUCCGAGACGUGCUCCAGUGACGACAAAUCGCUAGCGUCGAUGCCGGAACCGAAACCAGUCGAAGAGGUAAAACCUUCCACCUCGGAAGAGGAAGCCGCGCGCGCCAAAAAAGAAGCCCUCGAAAAGUUGGCCGCCGAGUACGACUUCAAAGACGACGAGGAACCAAUCGUGCCACUUUCCAUUCAGAAAUCCAAAGAGGAAAAGCACGUUCCCGAGGAGGAAAUUUUCAUGGAUGCGUUGGACAACUUGGAAGAGUCGGAAGACACGAAGGAAGCCGAGCCGAAAAAACCGGACGAACCGCUCGUAACCGUCACGGACACCGACGACGAUUCUCUCAUCGAGAUGAAAAUAUCCAAAACAAAGCGUGACUACUCGCGCCGACGCCCCUUGGAAGAUUCGUUCAGCAAGCUGAGAGACGAUCCGCCUUCGACGCCAAAAAACGACGACCCGUCCGAGCAGGGAAGAACGCUGCGCAAGCUCCGUGACCGCGACCGCGACCGCUCCGAAAGUCCGUUCGUCUUCAUCGACGAUGACGUGAGUGAGAAAAUGAAGCGCAGCUAUUCGUCCACGCCGGUCAUCGAUUCCAUCCCAAACUCGCCGGCCUCCAGCGAAGAUCGCGACUAUCGGGCGUGGAAAAAGUCCAUCCUGGCGAUCCACUCGAAAAUCUCCUCACUGCGGUACGCUUCCGCCUUUCUGAAACCACUCCCGGAAGACCAAAGCACCGAGCUUGUAUUCCGUCCAAUGGACCUGUCCACGAUUAAAAAGAACAUCGAAAACGGAACCAUCCGGACGACGGCGGAAUACCAGCGGGACAUUAUGCUGAUCUGCACGAACGCAACGAUGCUGAACCAGGUGGAGAUUUGCUCGCCGACGGCUGCUCGGGUUUUGCUCAAGGAAAGUGUCGUUCUCAUCGAAACCAUGAUGGAGGGUGGCAAGAGUGGUGGUGCCGGAGCUCGGGAAAAGGAACCGGAAGCUCGAGCUGGCGGAGGAGGAGGAGGAAGUGGAGGGAGCGGUAGCAGCAGUGCGAACAAGCGAAGUUCCCGCAAAGGAACGAUGAGAAGCUCGACGUCCGGUUCGAGGAUCUAGAUUUAGGCUUAGGGUGGCUUGUUUAUA